AUGACCAAGUCGUACAGCGAGAGCGGGCCGGCGGGCGAGCCGCAGGCGCAGGCCCCCCCCGGCUGGGCGGCAGGCUGCCUGAGCCCGCCUGCCGACGGGCCCGAGGCCGACAAGAAGGAGGAGGACCUGGAGGCUCUGCACGGCGAGGCCGAAGAGGACGUGCUGCGGAAUGGCGAGGAGGAAGACGAGGAGGACGAGCUGGACGAGGAGGAGGAGGAAGACGAGGAGGAGGAGGACGACGAGCAGAAGCCCAAGCGGCGCGGCCCCAAGAAGAAGAAGAUGACCAAGGCACGCCUGGAGCGCUUCAAGCUGCGCCGCAUGAAGGCCAAUGCACGGGAGCGCAACCGCAUGCACGGCCUGAACGCGGCCCUGGACAACCUGCGCAAGGUCGUGCCCUGCUACUCCAAGACGCAGAAACUCUCCAAGAUCGAGACGCUGCGCCUGGCCAAGAACUACAUCUGGGCGCUGUCUGAGAUCCUGCGCUCCGGCAAGAGCCCCGACCUGGUCUCCUUCGUGCAGACACUGUGCAAGGGCCUGUCGCAGCCCACCACCAACCUGGUGGCCGGCUGCCUGCAGCUCAACCCGCGGACGUUCCUGCCCGAGCAGAGCGCGGACGCCCCUCCGCACCUGCCGCCCGCGGGAGCGCCCUUCGCUCCGCCGCCAUUCCCCUACGCGUCGCCGGGGCUGCCCAGCCCGCCCUACGGCACCAUGGACAGCUCCCACCUCUUCCACCUCAAGCCGCCGCACGCCUACGGCGCCGCGCUCGAGCCCUUCUUCGAGGGCGGCCUGCCCGAGGGCGCCGGCCCCGCCUUCGACGGCCCGCUCAGCCCGCCCCUCAGCAUCAACGGCAACUUCUCUUUCAAGCACGAGCCCGCCGCCGACUUCGACAAGAGCUACGCCUUCACCAUGCACUACCCCGCCGGGCCGCUGCCCGCCGCGCCCGCCCACGCCGCCGUCUUCUCGGGCGCCGCCGCCCGCUGCGAGCUGCCGGCCGACGGCAUGGCGCCCUACGAGGGACACCCGCACCACGAGCGCGUCCUGAGCGCGCAGCUCAGCGCCAUCUUCCACGAGUGA